GAGGCGAAGGUCGUGAGCGCAUUUUCACUGAAACUACUCCGUUCAUAAAUCCUCAAUCAACGGUUACUCACUGUCCCGCGGUCUUCGAGUAAAGAUCGAACCACCAGAAGCACAGCUUUCACAGCCCCUGCGGGAUAAUCUGCACUUUGUCAACUGGCAGAUCGAACAACCUUCAUAGCAACUCCAUCAGCUGAUAAGAACAAGCCGUUCGAAGCAACCAACUCGCCCAGGCUACUAACUCAAACGCUCCAAGGCACUACGCUAACAUGUCUGGACUAGCAGAUCCCGUUGCCUUCCUGAAGGAUUUCGCCGCCGGUGGCAUCUCGGCGGCCAUUUCCAAAACCGCUGUGGCACCAAUUGAGCGUGUCAAACUGCUAUUGCAAGUGCAGCACAUCUCGAAGCAGAUCGCCGAAGCCGACCGGUACAAGGGUAUGGUCGAUUGUUUCGUGCGCAUCCCGAAGGAGCAGGGUAUUACGGCCUACUGGCGUGGUAACAUGGCCAACGUCAUCCGAUAUUUCCCAACACAGGCGCUUAACUUCGCCUUCAAGGAUAAGUACAAGCAGGUCUUCCUGGGCGGUGUCGAUAAGAACACCCAGUUUGUGCGUUACUUCAUCGGUAACCUCGCCUCUGGUGGUAUGGCUGGAGCUACCUCACUGUGCUUCGUCUAUCCGCUCGAUUUCGCCCGUACUCGUCUCGCCGCCGAUGUUGGCAAAGGUUCCGGCGAGCGCGAGUUCAAGGGUCUGGGUGAUUGUCUUGGAAAGAUCUUCAAAACAGACGGUAUUGUUGGUUUAUAUCGAGGCUUUGGUGUAUCUGUUCAGGGUAUCAUCAUCUACCGAGCCGCCUAUUUCGGCUUUUACGAUACUGCUCGCGGUAUGUUACCGAACCCGAAGACCACUCCAUGGUAUGUCAGCUGGGCCAUCGCUCAGGUCGUCACAACUGUUGCCGGUAUCGUAUCAUAUCCAUUUGAUACUGUCCGUCGUCGUAUGAUGAUGCAGUCUGGUCGGGCAAAGUCCGAAAUCAUUUACAAGAGCACACUGCACUGCUGGGCCACCAUUGCCAAACAGGAAGGUACAGGGGCUUUCUUCAAGGGUGCCUUCUCCAACGUGCUUCGCGGUACUGGUGGUGCUUUCGUGCUGGUGUUGUACGAUGAAAUCAAAAAGCUACUUUAAAGCCAUGAAACUCACCAUGUAACAUCCUGCUUUUAUUGAGUUUUUUGUUCCUUUCCGCUCAUGCCUCGUUCCCUCCUAGUCCACCUCCCGAAUCCUUGUUAUCCUGAAUCUGUGUUAGUCCUGAAUCCAGAUUGAUAGAUACAUAUAUUAUAUAUGUAUAUUGAAAGCGGCUUCUUAGUUUUCGAAGAAACCUCCUGGUAGUUCUAUCAAUAUCUCUCUAACCUGUUUCGUCGGGUUAACUCUAAGCGAUCAUCUAUAUUAUUAUCUACCAAACCAGUAGCCGUCGAUUGAUGUGUCCUAUAAGCAACACCGAAUGUUAUGCGCCAAACGUAAUUGUACAAAAAAAAACGAGUGACGAUCGAAGUGAUGCAGCGAAUACCAAAUAUACAUAAAAUAUGUACGAAUGCCAUAAUGCCUUAAGUCUGUGAAAAGCCCUGAGGGAAAAUAAAACGAACAAAAGAAAUAUUA